AUGGAAGCAGCGAUCAAACAAAGUAGAAAGGCGUGUCCUUUUCUCCACAGAAACACGGCGGCAACACUACGAAAACUUUCUAGUAUGCCUGCCCCCUCUUUUCAUGAAGGAAAACAACAACAGCACCAACAGGGAGGCGCUCCUAUGAACGCUCUUUUGUCGUUUGCCCAGAAAUGUCCGGUUAUGGGGAAGGCAAUGGCCACCGUGCAACGCCGUCAAAGCUUAUUGCAUACAUCGGCGAAACUGGCUAAACAACCCACUCGUCCAUUGAAUCAAGCGUCGAUUGUUACCCACGAGAAGAAUUUAAUUGAUGAACAAGCCGCCACCGCCGCCAUCGCUUUGUUGAAAAAAAAUGAAUCCAAGCAACAAAAAAAAGCUGGUAACUGCCCUUAUCACAAAAUUAAACAACCAGAACAGUCGCCAAACCAUCAUCAUCAUCAAUUGCCAGCCACCCAUUCAACCAACGCCAUCUCGUUCGAUUAUGAAUCUCUUUAUCAACACGAACUCGACAAAAAGCAUCAAGAUAAAACUUAUCGUUAUUUCAAUAACAUUAAUCGUCUCGCUCAGAAAUUUCCAAAGGCUCACACUAAAGACCAACAUGAAGAAGUUACUGUCUGGUGCAGCAAUGAUUAUUUGGGAAUGGGUAGAAACCAAAUUGUUUUGGAAACUAUGAAACAUACUUUGGACAAAUAUGGGGCUGGUGCAGGCGGAACUCGGAAUAUCGCCGGAAAUUGCAAUCUCCAUCUACAACUUGAAACAGAAUUAGCCGAUCUUCAUCACAAACCGGCCGCGUUAGUCUUUACCUCGUGCUAUGUUGCCAACGACGCUACAUUAAGCACUUUAGCCUCAAAACUUCCAGGUUGUCAUAUCUUUUCCGAUGCAGCUAAUCACGCGUCAAUGAUUCAAGGAAUCAAACAUUCCGGCGCAAAGAAGACUAUUUUUAAACAUAACGAUUUAGCCGAUCUCGAAGCAAAACUUCAAUCGGUCGAUAUUAAUAUCCCGAAAAUAAUAGCAUUUGAAAGUGUUUAUUCCAUGUCGGGCACUGUGGGUCAAAUUGACGCAAUUUGUGAUCUCGCAAAAAAGUAUGGCGCAAUUACGUUUUUGGAUGAAGUCCAUGCGGUUGGAAUGUACGGACCACGUGGUGGAGGUGUCGCGGAACAUUUGGAUUUUGAUUUGAAUUCUCAUAUUCCGCACGCGAAUAAUGGCAGCGUACUUGAUAAAGUCGAUAUUAUUUCUGGUACACUUGGUAAAGCGUUUGGUAUCGUCGGCGGUUACAUUGCUGGAUCAGCUAAUUUGGUAGAUAUGAUCCGUUCAUAUGCUCCAGGAUUCAUUUUUACCACGUCCCUUCCACCUGCAAACAUCGCUGGCGCAAUAGCAUCAAUUCAAUAUCUCAAAAAAUCCUCCAAAGAACGACAAAUGCAGCAAUUAAACACCAGAAUUCUCAAAGCUCGUCUCGCCGAACUCGACAUCCCCGUCGUGCCAAAUCCUUCUCACAUCGUUCCUGUGCUUAUAGGCGAGGCAGAGCCUUGCAAAAUCGCUUCCGAUCAAUUGUUACGUGAACACGGGAUUUACGUUCAAUCAAUCAAUUAUCCAACAGUUGCUAAAGGUGAAGAAAGACUACGAAUCACUCCGACUCCUGGGCAUAAUUUGAAAAUGAUGGAUUAUUUAGUCGACGCUUUGGAAAUUAUCUGGCAAAAGAAUGCGUUCAAACGUGUUAGUGAUUGGCGGAUUGAAGGUGGUCGUGCUGGUGUUGGUACGGGUGGUUCUAUGCCGAAAACUAUUUGGACAGAUCAUCAGUUGAAUAUUGUGCCGGGUAGCGGUGAUGCAGCCCAUCCCUAUGUUACUGAGAUCGCCGUCUAA